AAGACGAGGUCGAUAUUAACACCCUUGCUAUCCUGUGGCUUAAACGGCUCGAAUACCACGGCGAUUGACUUUUCAGGCCUACGAAUCGCACAAUAAGCACCGCCGUAACCCUUCGAUACGCAUAAUGGCCGAGCCCAACCCUUCAGCGCAGCAGCCCGCUGCCGGCACCGGCGCAACGUACAAGGCGCCCACACCAAAGCCGAAACAGAACCCAGCUCUUCGGAUGAUGGGUCUGCCAAAUCUCCCUCGAAAACUUCCCUCACGCAACUGGCUUAUAUUUUGGGCUAUCACUGGUUCUAUUUCAGCUGCUAUCAUCUACGACAAGCGCGAGAAGAAGAGGGCUACUGCGAAGUGGAAGCACGCUGUUGCCCCUCUCGCAAAGGACAUAAUCCCCUCAGCAAGCCAACUGCCUCGCAAACUGACCAUUUUCCUCGAGGCGCCUCCUGGCGAUGGUCUACGGAUUGCACAGGACCAUUUUAUUGAGUAUGCCAAGCCCGUCUUGGCUGCCUCUGGUCUUGACUGGGAGUUCGUUCAGGGAAGACAACAAGGUGAUGUGAGAGCUGCCGUAGCAGAGAAGAUUCGUAGGGAGAGGAGGAAGUAUGAGAGGCCAGAUGAAGAGGACCUGCAAACAGACGAGGCUAUAACUGAGUCAUUGAGGAAGAAGAACCAGGUUCCAGAGUAUGAGGGUGUCAAAGGCGAUAUCAUCUUCGGCCGACAUACAUGGAAGGAAUAUAUCAGGGGACUACACGAGGGUUGGCUUGGUCCUCUUGACCCUCCCGUAAAGCCUGAGCCUAUAACAAAAACUGUCGAGGCGGAUUCUGAGACUCCCAAGGCCGAAGGUGACCAACCCGAAGAGAAGAAGGAGGGCAAGAAGGAGGAGGAGGAAGAGAAGAAGCCUGAGCGACCACCCCAACCACUGCCCUACAACACCACCGCCGAUUACUCCAUCGCCAAUCUCCCUCCUCAAAUUCCCGCCGAGUUUUCCCCCGCAAACCCCAUCCCUCUUCCCCACCGCCUGGGCUUCCGUCACACUCUGGUCCGCCUGAACCGCUUCUUCAACCGCCGCAAACUAGCCGACGAGAUCGGCCGCGAGGUCGCUGCUGUAUGCUUCGCCAACUCUUCUCGUGAGUGGCGAGAGGCCGAUGGUCAGUAUGAGCAGGAGCUCGUUCUAAAGCAUGAGGAGAACGACUGGGUCAAGUCAGUUUGGAAGCCCGAGGACCCCCCCAAGCAAGAUGAUGACAACACCGCCACUGUGCCUACUGAGCCCCCCAAGGAGAAAAUUUGGCCUGCGCCUAUGGUCAUUGACCCUCGAUUAGCGCAGCGCAUGCGGCGCUUUGAGAUUGCCCCUGAAGAUGAAGCCCGCGCCGCACAUAUCAAAGUCUCUGAGGCCGAGAUUGAGGGAUGGAUAAAAGGAAGCUUCCGCAGCUUGUGGAACUAUACUGUUGAAUCAGUGACUGCCAAGCCCAUGAGACCUAAUGUUGGUAAUGUGGACAGCGAUGAGUAGAACGGAGUGUUGUUCUUUGACAUAAAAAGGGGGCGCGGUGUGACAGGGGACACCGCUGUGUAUGUUCAUGUAUUACUACAAUUUCUGUUUUUCUGUUAUGGAGUGCAUCUCCUGGUCACGACCCAAAUUUUGUAUAUUAUACCAGGCGAGGGGCUGGUGCCAAUGUAACACUAAUGAUAGAAUGAGGUACGGCAUCGAGCAUGGUCUUGGUCUAUUAUGCUAUAUGAUUCAAUGGCAUUUGAUCCCCAUUCAUCAUGUAGCCUCAGCGUUACUGUGGUUUGCUCAGACCUUCAAUCGUCAUUAUCUGAAUCGCUCCCAUAACCCACCAAUACUAGCCCCUUCUUCUCUGGUGGCUUGGCAGCUGACUGAUUUGUCGUCCUGGAC